AGUAAAAGUGAGGUAAAGGUCGGUGAAAGCGAGACUCAAACCAAAAAGUUUAUAGCUAUUAUUAAUUUGUCUUUGUUUUUCAGUGUCAAAUUGCACUAAUCAAAUGCACUAACCACACUCAAUCACUCCCAUAUAUACAUAACCCUUCUCUCAGUCUCUCACACUAAUUAACACACAUCAAAACAACCUUCUUUCUUUCAGGUUCUUGAUCAGUGUCAAAACCAAAAGGGUGGUUGCAAAUUGCAAUGGCUAAGCAUGAUGUUGAGGGUGGUUCCUUCGCUGCAAAGGACUACCAUGAUCCUCCUCCAGCACCAUUGAUUGAUGCUGAGGAACUCACACAGUGGUCCUUCUACAGGGCUUUGAUUGCUGAGUUCAUUGCCACAAUGCUCUUCCUUUACAUCACAGUGCUCACUGUGAUUGGUUACAAGAGCCAGAGUGAUGUAAAGGCUGGGGGUGAUGUGUGUGGUGGAGUUGGCAUUCUUGGCAUUGCUUGGGCCUUUGGUGGCAUGAUCUUCAUUCUGGUGUACUGCACUGCUGGAAUCUCAGGGGGUCACAUAAACCCAGCAGUGACAUUUGGGCUCUUCUUGGCUCGCAAGGUGUCUUUGAUUAGAGCAAUAAUGUACAUGGUGGCUCAGUGCUUGGGAGCCAUAUGUGGAGUUGGGUUGGUUAAGGCCUUCCAAAAGGCUUACUACAACAGGUAUGGUGGUGGGGCCAAUGAGCUCAGUGAAGGAUACAGCACAGGUGUUGGAUUGGGUGCUGAGAUCAUUGGAACCUUUGUUUUGGUCUACACUGUGUUCUCUGCAACUGACCCCAAGAGGAAUGCUAGAGAUUCUCAUGUGCCGGUUUUGGCUCCACUUCCAAUUGGCUUUGCUGUGUUCAUGGUUCACUUGGCAACCAUCCCAGUAACAGGCACUGGCAUUAACCCUGCUAGGAGUCUAGGAGCUGCUGUCAUGUACAACCAACAGAAGGCCUGGGAUGACCAUUGGAUCUUUUGGGUUGGACCAUUUAUUGGAGCAGCAAUUGCAGCCUUCUACCAUCAAUUCAUAUUGAGAGCAAGUGCUGCUAAGGCUCUUGGAUCAUUCAGGAGCAACCCCACUAUUUGAGUCAAUUUCCUCUUCAUGGGGGGUUAGUGGAAAUGGAAAAAAAAGAUAAUUGGAGGCAAAAAAAGUUGAUAUUGCAACAAUAAUAAUAAUAAUAUGGAACUGUUUGUGCUUUGAUCCUCUGCAGAUUGAAGGUUCUUUCAAGAAAAGGAAGCCUUUGGUAAAUAGUAAAGACCCUUUAGUACUUCGAAGCACUUUCCUUUGUAUUUCCUUGUUAGAAUUGAUGAGCUUUUUUUUUAUAUAUUGGAAGUAAAAUCUAUUAGAUAUCUUGUUUUAAUAUUUUGUGAUAUGUAAUAAGUCGACUUGUUGGUGAACUAGUGUGGUAACCCAUGUUUUGAGGGAUGCUAGGUCAAUGUCACACUUUUUGCUUGUGAUAUUGAAUUUUCACAAAAAAAAAAAAAAUCAAGUCACUGUAUGUAUGUUGGAAAAUUCAGAACGAAAAUACACUUUCAUUCCACCAUA